AUGUCUAAGGGAAAAGUUAUUCUUUCGUACUCAGGUGGAUUAGACACCAGUGUCAUCUUAGCCUGGCUCAUCGAGCAAGGCUACGAAGUCGUGGCAUUCUUAGCCAACAUCGGCCAAGAAGAAGACUUUGAAGAGAUUGAAGCCAAAGCUAAGAAAAUCGGAGCCUCGAAAUUUGUCGUUGCUGAUGUGCGUAAACAGUUUGUUGAAAAAGUCUGCUUCCCAGCUAUCCAAGCUAACGCCAUUUACGAAAACGUUUACCUUUUGGGCACUUCGUUGGCUCGUCCCGUGAUUGCUGAGGCCUUGAUGAAAGUUGCCGAAGAAGAAGGCUGUUUUGCCGUGAGUCACGGAUGCACCGGUAAAGGUAACGAUCAAGUGCGUUUUGAAUUGAGCUUUUACGCUUUGAAACCUGACGUUGUCGUUAUUGCCCCAUGGAGAUUACCCGAGUUCUUUAACAGAUUUGCCGGUAGAAAAGAUCUCUUGGACUAUGCUGCUGAAAAGGGCAUCCCCGUGACGCAAACUAAGGCCAAGCCCUGGUCCACUGAUGAGAACUUGGCCCAUAUCUCUUUCGAGGCUGGUAUCUUGGAAGACCCAAACACAACGCCCCCAAAAGAUAUGUGGAAGUUGACUGUUGACCCCACCGAUGCGCCAGAUAAGCCCGAGACUUUUUCGGUUGUUUUCGAAAAGGGUUUGCCUGUGAAGUUGGUCUUGGACGACCAGAAAAAGACUGUGACCGACCCAGUUGAGUUGUUCCUUGAAGCCAACGCCGUGGCUAGAAGAAACGGUGUCGGUAGAAUCGAUAUCGUGGAAAACAGAUUUAUCGGUAUCAAAUCUAGAGGCUGUUAUGAAACCCCGGGUUUGACCGUGUUGAGAAACGCUCAUAUUGACUUGGAAGGCUUGACUUUGGACCGCGAGGUUAGAGCCAUUAGAGACCAAUUUGUCACUCCAACUUGGGCCAAGAUCUUGUACAACGGUAUGUACUUUACCCCAGAAGGUGAAUACGUCAGAUCGAUGAUUCCACCUUCCCAGAAAACCGUUAAUGGUGUCGUUAGAGCUGCGUGCUACAAAGGCUCGGUGGUGAUCUUGGGUAGAUCGUCCGAUACUGAGAAAUUGUACGAUGAGACUGAAUCUUCUAUGGAUGAGUUGACUGGGUUCUCGCCUGAAGACACUACUGGUUUCAUUGCUGUGCAAGCCAUCAGAAUUAAGAAAUACGGUGAAGCUGCCAGAGAAAAAGGUACCACUUUGGAGCUUUAA